AUGGAAUUACAGCACAAUCAAAUUAAAAGUUUAAAAGGACAAUUAACAAAUAUCAUGACAGAAAGAAAUGAGUUAGAAGAAUCAUUAAAAGUUAAAACAGAAAAAGAGAAAGAAACAUUGAAAAAUCUAAAACAACUUCAAUGUGAUUUGAAUGAAUUAACCGAUAGAUAUAAAACAUUAGAAUCAAAGUAUAACAUGUGUCUUGAAGAUUAUAACCAAGAAUUAAAACAAAUUCGUUCAGAUCACGCCAAGCGUAUAUGUGCAAUGGAAUUAGAACGAACAAAUAAUGAAAAGCAAUAUGAAACUAACCUGGAAAAAAUUAAGGAUGAGUUUAAUACAAAACUGGAAGAGAGUCGUUUGUCGUAUGAACGUCAGCUAGUUACAGAAGUUAAGGAAGCUGAAACACGCGGUUAUGAAAAAUGUUUAUUAAUUAAAAGUGAUGAGAUUACAGCUUUACAAAAAACUAUUAAAGAAACCAAGGAAUUAAAUUCAAAUGAUGAAAUUAAAUAUCAAGAAAUAAUUAGUCAAUUAAAAUGUGAAAUAACUAAAUUAAAUAAAAUUAUUGAAAAAUUAAAAAAUAUCUAUGAAUUAAAAGAGAAUAAUUUUUUAACAAUCAUAACAAAAUUACAAAAAAAACAAUUAAAUGAUACAUUGAAUAAAACAAAUUCUAUUCAAACAUAUUUUACAAAUGAAUUCAAUGAAAAAUUAUUAAAUUCUAUUAUACAAUGGAAAAAACAACAAUUAAAUGAAAUUAUAUUAUUAAUUAAACAAAAAGAAUUUAAUCAGUUAGAAAUAAUAUUUAAAGAAAAAGAAAAUAUUAUACGUAAUGAAUUAUUAUUAAAAAUUGAAAAUAUUCAAAAUGAAAAAAAUCAAAUUAUUGAAACAUUGACUAAUGCAUUAAAUUUAUCAAAAUUAGAUAUUGUAAAACUUGAAACUGAACUUAAAGAAGCUAGACGUAUAGCAAUGACAGAAGUGGAAUUAAGACGUGAACAAUUAUCAGAAAUAAGUUUAGCACGUGAAUUAGAACGUAAAGAAUUAAUUAGUAAACAUGAAAAUCAUUUAAAUGAGGAACAGUGUAAGAAUCAAGAAACGAUUUUGAGAUUACAAGAACAACAUGCUGAAGAAUUAAAAACAAUAUCUUCUCAGGCUAAUGAAAAAUUGUUAGGAAUAGAAAAAGAAUAUAAAACUCGCUUAACGGAAGCAAAUGAACGACUGAAUGAAAGUCAAGAGAAAAUAAUUAAUUUAGACAUGAUAUUACAGAAAGCUUUACAGGAAAAGAGAAACACACAAGAAACAUUAUCUGAAUCAUUUCAAAGUGAAAUUGAACAAAUGAAGAAUAAGCAAAAGCAAGAAGUAUUGAUCUUGAAGGAGGCUAUAUCAAAAGAGCGCAAUAGAGCACGUUUAGCAGAGAUUUCUCUUCGUCAGCAAGAAAAGGCGUGGAACGAUAUGAAGACUCGCUGGCAUGAAGAACGUAUAGCACAAUUAGGAAAUUCAUUACCGAUUGAAUCCCGUACUCAUAUGGAGGCAACUAUUGAGGCAUUGCGUCUUCAGGUUAAUCUACUGAAAAAGCGAAUAACCGUAAUAGAAGAAGAUCGGGAGACAAACAUCACUUACCCACUAAAGUUACAAUUCAGUGACCAAGACGUAUCAUUACUCAGUGAAGACUCAGUACAAAAUGAAUCUCCAGUAAAAGAUCAACCUGAAGCAAACCAAGACAAUUUCGAAAAAUGUAAAGUGAACAACAAUUCAGUUCCUUUAGGAGAUAACUCACGACGGAGAAUUGCGACUGAGUGUACAAAUUUACAGACUAAUCUAGACGCAUAUCCUUACAAAGCUACUUGUUCGGGAGAUUGGCUAUUGAGCGGACACUGACAGACUAUCAUGCUCUAGGUUUUACAAGUUAUUAUUUAUGCUUUUAAAACAACAAUUGUGUAGCAGAUUUGUCUGAGAAAUAUUUUAAAAUCAACUUGGCUAUACAUCUUGUAUAUUAAAAAAAACGUGUACUAAAUGAUAUAAUAUAAAGUGUAUUCCAAUUUUAUACUCUUUGUUUCAUUGCAAAAAUAAGUGCGAAAGGGUAAUGGACAUCACAAUCGGAACUAGGUAAAUA